UUAGAACUGUCAACACUAAAUGUCAAACUCAUUGUCAAAUGUCAAGAAGUUCAAAAGUCAAAGCUGUCAAUUACUAAAUAACCUAAAAUAUAAAUAAACGGCAUAAAAAUUAAAAAUAUGAUGUUUUAUUAUAUUAAGUACCAAGAUAUUAUAUAAAUGAUGUAUUCGAAGUAAUUUAGAAAAUCGUACUCAUACUACACAUAAAAUGGGUGGGUUAGUGUCAAAAGCGUUGCGACCGAUAAAGAGUUUCAACAUUGAAAAUCGAGCUCACCGGGUUAUAUCUAAAGAAAAACCAACCGUAGCACCGAGCUAUCCGUCUACGCUUGAAGAGCUGAAGAGGGUACGAGAAGUCGAUCCCGACAUAGAUGUGAAACUUUCUAAAAAAGAUCCAGAACUUGACGAAAGGUUAAAAGAUGUUUAUGUAACCUCACACGGUCGGCCAGAAGACGACGUGACGAAGGAAAAGCAGGAGAAAAGCUUGGACCGACCGCUUCCCCAAGAUCGCAAGGCUGUACCGGAUUUUGACUUUGGACUGAAAGAACCUGAAAAAGUUCCAUACGGUAGAACCACUUUGCGACAUGCAAUAGAUUAUAUUUCCUCUCAUCAGAUCAAUCCUGAGGAAGUAACGGCCGAGAAAAUCGCGUUCGAGUAUAAGCUAAAAGUGGAAGAUGUUGAAAAUAUACUCAAAUAUUUUAAAACAUAUGAAGUGUAUUUGCCAGCAACUAAAACAACUCCUGCUAUGUUUGCUGGGCCGACGGAACUGAGGAAGCAAUUGUACAAGUCUAAUUUUAAGGAAAUUGAAGGCAAAAAGGAUGCAGAUGACGAGAAUAAACAAGCACAAAUGAAGACUACUUAAAUAUAUUGUCUAUAGAAUAUUUUCAUUAAUUUGAAAGGAAUUACCUCACUGGUUUCAUGUAUAAGUUAAACAAAAUAGAAGAAAAUUGUACUAGUCAUCCCUUUAGAGUUCAGACAUUAAUAUGUAGCUAGUUGUUCUAUAUAGAUUAGUAUCUAACCAAACUCUUCAUGAUAAAACUAGCUUUUUCCUGUGACUUUGUUCACAUAAUUUAUAGCUUCUAGCACUCUGGGAUAAAUUGUAGAGCUUUCAGUGAAAGAAUUUUCAAAAUCGGAUCAUUAGUUCUGGAGAUUGCCCCCUACAUCCAAACAUACAAACUUUACUUCUUUAUUUAUAAUAUGAAAUGAAAUGAACUUGACUGGAUGGUUAUUAUUAUUUUUCUUCAUCUUUUUUUUGUCACUUAAAGUAACAAUGAGUUGAUAUUAUGGAUUCUUGUUAAAAAUAUACUUUAUACAGGAGUUAUGUAAUAUUUAAUGCAAUUUCUUGUAUAUAAAGAGACAAACUACUUUUACAAAAUAAUUUAAAAAGCCUGUAGGUAUAUUGAGCUAGAUAAAAAAAAUCUGUUAUUAAAAUAAUAGUCCUAGAGUCUCACAGAUUCAAACAAAAAGUUAAUGAUAUAAUUACAUAUUAACUUCUAAUUUAGUUGUUUUACUGUUAUUUAUAUGUAAAUAUUAUUAAAGUAAAAAAUUAACUUAAUUACAUGGUCAAAGAUUUUCAUCAUGCAUAGUUUCAUCAUCAUGUCUACCUAUCGCUAACCUAGGCAUGGGUAACCUCUCAUGAGAAGAGAAGAGAAUGGGAAGCUUUAGCUUUGCAAUAUUUAAAUUAUUAAUUUUAAUAAUGUGAUUUAGAAUCUAGUUAGAAAAUAAAAGAUUUUUCUUGUU